CUUCUUUCUCUCAAUCUCCCUUAAAAUACCAUCCCCUUCACCUAAAACCAAACCAUAAUAAUGCAUUAAAUUUUGCAAAAAACCCAUUUUUCCUGUGACACCUCUCCUACAUUUCACCUUCCAAAAUCCCUUAAUUAAUCACUUACAAUCCACACAUAUAUUUCUACAAUUUAUAUGCUUGUAUAAAUAGGCUAUACCCAUUUGAUCAGCUUUAUCUCCCUGUUUGUGUACAUUGAGAAAAAUUCUCUCCCACCCUUCAAGCAAAGCGGCUUUCACUUUUUUAUUCUCUCUCCUUCUGCACUUUUUUUUCUUUUCCUUUUGGCUUCUGGGUUUCUGUGCCUUCAUUGAGAUCUGCUACAAAAAUGGGUUUUUCUCAAGGGACUACUUGCACUGACUCUAGAGAGCCAAUAUAUUUUCCGGCAACUGCCAUAUACACUUCUUCGCCCUGUGUACACGUUGAUCACUUUAGUGAAAACGAUGAUGAGGUCAAAAUGAAACCCCUUUUGAGAAGAAUGGUUUUUGAGUUUGGCUUUGGCUGUAUUCGUCCUUCCCGUCUCAAGAAUCGGAGGGACAGUGAUGAUAACGAGCACAAUGUUGACAACAAGAAUUGUGACAACAAUUUGGAGCACAACAAGGCGUGGCUGCUGGCAGAGUCAGGUGGGUGCGGUGGUGCUGAGCUUGGCAAUGGUGAUCCCCAAUCGAUGCACUCAUCUUUCAGGUUCACUCUCUGCUCUCAGGUUGAGCUUGAGUCCUUAAACAUGAAUCCAAACACUGUUGCUACUGUAUUGAUGGUUAAUUUGGACGGUGGAUUGAAUGAAGACAAAGCAAGAGAACUCAAGUGGCGCAGAAUUGAGUCUUUGGAGAGGAGCAUUUCUCCAGUGGCCAAUUCUUUAGUCAGAUUCAGCUAUGAUGAAAUUCUUGCAGCUACUCGUAAUUUCUGCAAAGGAAGAGUUUUGGGGAGAGGAGCUUUGAGCUUUGUGUUUAGGGGAAGAAUUGGAUUCUUGAGGACCACCGUGGCUAUUAAGCGGUUGGAUAAGGAAGACAAAGAAUCUCCAAAGGCUUUCUGCAGAGAAUUGAUGAUUGCCAGUUCUCUUUACAACCCAAAUAUUGUGCCGCUUAUGGGUUUUUGCAUUGAGCCUGAGGAAGGCUUGUUUUUGGUCUACAAAUAUGUCUCUGGCGGAAGCUUAGAGCACCAUUUGCAUGAGAAGAAGAGGGGAGUAAAGGGUAGAUCAACACUUCCUUGGUCAGUAAGAUAUAAUGUUGCCAUGGGAAUUGCACAGGGAAUUUCUUAUUUACACAAUGGGACAGAGAGAUGUGUUGUUCAUAGAGACAUUAAGCCCUCAAACAUACUUCUAUCUUCCAAGAAAAUACCUAAGUUAUGUGAUUUUGGUUUAGCUAUGUGGACAUCUGCACCUUCAGUUCCUUUCCUUUGCAAAACUGUGAAGGGCACAUUUGGUUAUUUGGCUCCUGAGUAUUUCCAACAUGGGAAAGUUUCUGAUAAAACCGAUGUUUAUGCUUUCGGGGUGGUCCUACUGGAACUGAUAACCGGACGGAAACCAAUUGAGGCUAGAAUGCCUCCAGGAGAAGAGAAUCUAGUCCUAUGGGCAAAACCCCUAUUGCAUAAAGGAAAAGGAGCAAUUGAAGAGCUGCUUGAUCCCCGGCUAAAAUGCAAGACGAGACAUUCAACCCAAAUAGCCCGGAUGAUCCAAGCCGCAGCUGCAUGCAUAAAUAGCGAAGAAUCUCGGAGGCCUGGCAUUGAUGAAAUUAUUGCCAUACUAAGAGGUGAAGAGGAACCCAUUUUGUCUGGUAGGAAGAAAUCCAACUUUUCAGGUCUUAUUGAUUGCUACCCUCAAUUACAACAGCAAACAAAGAGCGAGAUGAACAGUCACUUAGCUUUGGCCAUGCUAGGAGUUUCAGAGUUUGAGGAUGAUGAUCACCUUUACUGUAGGUGAAACAUCAAAUAACAUCUAACCUCAUUGUUUUUCCUGUUUUUCUCUCCUUUUUAGUGUGUUGCUUGCUUGAAUAUAUAAAGUCUUAGGAUCUAGAAUUGAAAGGAGUGUGGAAACUGUAAAUAGGAUCAUGACUCUCUCUGUCUGAUGGAGCGGAUAUUCUAUAAUUGCCAUUUAACUUU